GGGAGAGAUGGGGAGGGGCAUUCUAAGCAGCUGUUGUCCCUGCCUUGACAUGAAAUAUCCAACACCUUGCUCUCUGUAAGCUGCGCAUGUGACUGCUCUCAAGGAGGCCGGACAUCUUCAGCCUCCGUUGGUGGCUAAUGUGGUCCACUUAGAAGGGGACUUCCCUCGGAGACUUGGCCAAGACUCCAAGGCUGGGGACUCAUUGGUACCCCUAAGCUGUCUGACCACUCAUGGGAAUCAUCUGGGCUUGGGGACAGAAGUGUGACCAAACCUAGGAUUUGGAGCAGAGGCAAAACCAUGAGCCGGUCGGAGAGGGACAACUGCUCCUUUGAUUCCGUGGAUAAGCUGACCAGUACCUUGCAGCUAGCAGUCCACAUCCCCACCUUCCUCCUUGGCCUGGUCCUCAACCUCCUGGCCAUCCGAGGCUUCGGGGCCUUCCUGAAGAAGAGGCAACUGGAAUACGCCGCCACUUCUAUCUACAUGAUCAACUUGGCUGUCUUCGACUUACUGCUGGUGCUCUCCCUCCCGUUCAAGAUGGUCCUGCCGCAAGUGGAGUCCCCGUGGCUGGCCUUGUGCACUCUGGUGGAGUGCCUCUACUUCAUCAGCAUGUACGGGAGUGUCUUCACCAUCUGCUUCAUCAGCCUGGACAGGUUCCUGGCCAUCCAGUACCCGAUCCUGGCCAGCCACCUCCGGUCCCCCAGGAAGACCUUUGGGAUCUGCUGCAUCAUCUGGACGCUGGUCUGGAUCGGAAGCAUCCCAAUCUAUACGUUCCACAGGGAAGUGGAGAAGUACAAGUGCUUCCACAACAUGUCUGACGGCACCUGGAGUGCCAGGGUCUUCUUCCCCCUGGAGAUCUUUGGCUUCCUCCUUCCCAUGGGCAUCAUGGGCUUCUGUUCCUACAGGAGUAUUCACAUUCUGCUGCGCCGUCCAGACAACACUGAGGACUGGGUUCAAAAGAGAGCCUGCAUCUGGACCAUUGCUACCAAUCUCAUCAUCUUCGUGGUCUCCUUUCUCCCAGUGCACUUGGGUUUGUUCCUGCAGUAUCUGGUGAGGAACCGCUUUAUCUUGGAUUGCAGAGCGAAACAGGACAUCAGCUUGUUCCUGCAGUUGUCUCUGUGUUUCUCCAACAUCAACUGCUGCCUUGAUGUUUUCUGCUACUACUUUGUCAUCAAAGAAUUUCGCAUGGGCAUCAAGGCCCACCUGCCUGUCGCGGUCCAGCUGGUCAGCCAGGAUACCAUGGUCUCCAGGGGUUAAGAGAAGGUACCCCUCUCAAGGGAAGGAAAUCACACUCAUAAAUUCUCAUAAAGACCCUCCCGGGCUUGUCUUUGGACAAUCGCCGAGUGCCAUCUUUGUUCUUUAUACUCCUUUCACACCACCUGGACAGGUGACAGAUGUCACGCUUGUUUUGAGUUUGCUAAAGAACCAGGUGAAGUCUUCAUUUCUAAGUCUAAAAUGUACGAAGCAGAAGAACCAAAAAAACAAAAACCCAAAAUGUAGCUUGAAAAGUCUGUUCCUCAGCUUUUCUGUCUUCCUGUUCUGUUGGAGAGUCUAGAAAGGAAGAGAAAGGGCAGGAAACCUAGAGCUUCUUUUUCUGUGGCAAUUCAGGGCUGGGGAAGAAAUAUGCCUUCAAGACGGAACAAGCUUGUACUAUUUUUCCAGUCUCUUCUGAAGCUCUCUUGGCAACGACCUCACAGAAA